AUGAGACUUUCAUUAGAAAAUUUUAGAGAAAAGGAAUUAGAAAACAAAAAAAAUUACGACGAUGAUGAUAAUAAUGAUAAUGAUAAUAAAGAUGAUGAUGAUGAUGAUUACUACGGUCAUUUACAAUUGACGUCUUUUUUAUUUUAUAUUUCGAUUCGUUCGUCCGUUCGUUUUACGAUUAUUAUUAAUUUUCCAAAAAAUUUUCCAGAAAAUAUCGUGCACAGAGAGCACGAUACUUCGAAAGCGUUACAACAAUUAUUUUUCCAGUUGGAUCACUGA